CGAAUUUGUUGCAGCAUAUUGCACUGAUCUCUCUCUCUCUCUCUUCAGACUUACUUCGUUAGUCGUUGCAGACCGAAUCGGCUUCAAAAUGUCGUGCUUACCCCCAGGGCUUGAUCUCUCCAUGCCCUCAAGAGAGCCGCCUCCAGGGGUAGUUCCUGACUAUGUCAGUCACUCUGGGCUUCUCGACUUCACGAUCAGUGUAGGCGCUAUCUUUCUGCCCUUGAUGUACCUAUUCCUCGGUAUUCGCCUGCACAUGCACGCACAUGGCGGCAUCAAAUGGAAGAUCGAUGACUCAAUCGUAAUAUUCGCGGCGAUAGUGUGUACCACACUCGCUGCAUUGAUCCUGGCAUAUGCGGAUAAGCUAGCAAAGCAUUCUUGGGAUGUUCCGCUCGGUGUUGUAAUUGCUGCUUCUACUCAGAAGAUGAUGGUCGCCCAGUUCCUUUUCAGUAACCUCGCGCUCUUGGCCGGAAAGUUCUGCCUACUCUCGAUGUAUUACCGCAUCUUCGGACAUAUCAAGAAGGUCAGAUGGCAAAUCUACGGCGCUGGAGCGUUGACAUUGCCGAUCUUUGUCUCCAUGAUCGUUCAGCCAGUCAUGAUCGCACCACCUCUAGGCAAGCCCUUUGGUUGCCCUAAUGGGGAUAAGGAGAACAUGGUAAUAGUAGGCUUGAUGGGAGGGAUAGACAAUCUCCUGGUGGAUCUAGUGAUUGCAUACAUCCCACUUCCAGUUAUCAACCAAUUGAACCUGUCCAGGAACAAGAAGAAUGGUGUCAUCGCUCUUUUCGCCACUGGAUCGAUUGCGAUUGUUGCCGACUGUAUCACGCUAUACUUCCGCACUCGGCUCUUCCAUCAUGUUGACCAACUCCGCGAUGGUUAUGUCGUCCACAACUGCGCGCCCCAAACCCGCCAAAAAGAAGCGGGACCCAUAUUCGAUCAACAUGCCUACGACCUUUCUCUCUACCAAACGUGCCAGUCUAAAUGACAGCUCGGAGCUUGAGCUAUCGCCCAGGAAGAAUGGUGAUGUUCAGACACACGUCAGGUCAUCGCGUGCCUCGGAAGAGCUAGCUUCUGGGGACAUACACAGGAAGAUCAGUGUCGAGCAGUCAUCGGCCUCUUUCCAUGGCUCUGAAUAAAAUUGGCAUGACGAAGGGGGUCUGUUGAGAAACUGAGAUUGGUUG